CGCAGAUUAAUGUAAAUUUACGCGCCAUCGUGGUGUUUUGUGGUUCUCCGUGUGCAUAUGUAUAAAAAAUGCCGAGAUUAGCGGCAAAAUGCAAAAUGUAAAGGGCGGCAACAAUAUUCAGUGCAAAAGAAGUGCGUGCCAGCAGCGGUAAUAAAACACAAGCGAGUGGAGUGCCAAAAUAAAGCAGCACUUGUUGGAGUUCGUUUCGCGUCUACGAACAGAAGCGUAAAAACCGCAGAGAAGCAACAAGUGGCCAUACACGGUGAAGAGAGAGAGCGUGCAACGGCAACGACAGCGAAAAUGUGCAUAUGACCAUUGGUUCCUGAACACCAGUUUCUCCUCCCUAUCUCUCCCCAUCAUCCCCGAUCAUCAUCAUCAUCAUCAUCAUCAUCGGCAGGCCCCCACAUCCACGUUCAAGUUCAAGUGCAGAGUCUUUGAAACAUGCGUAGACCAGUCGCCGCGUUGAGCCGCAAUCAUUACUUCGUCAUUGGGCUGCUGCUGGGGCUCGUGCUGAGCUGCUACAUACCGGAGGACAUCUGGGAGCUGGUCCAGCAGGAGGAAUGCCCCCAGGAGGCCGCCGAGAAUCUGCUGAUCGAACGCUUUGGCCAGGACUUUGAGCCGCAUCUGAACCUGAUCAACAAGCCGCUGGCGGCCAAAAAGCCGGUUAAAAAUGUGAUACGCCCCCGCUACUACUCCUCGGAACUGGGGAUCCGCGAGAAACUGUUCAUCGGCGUGAUGACCUCCCAGGAGCACAUCAACAGCUUCGCGACCGCCUUCAACCGCACCACCGCCCAUCUGGUGAACAAGAUCAAGUUCUUCAUCUACGCGGACAGCGUGAAGACCAACUACAAGCUGAAGAACAUCGUGGGCUUUGCGGACACGCACGAGAACCGGCGGCCCUUCCACGUGAUCAAGUACAUUGCGGACAACUAUCUGGAGGAGUACGACUACUUCCUGCUCGUCCCGGACAAUGUCUACGUGGAUGCCCGCAAGCUGAGCGCCCUGCUCUACCACAUGAGCAUCACCUUUGACCUGUACAUGGGCGGCACCCACAUCGGCGUCCCCUCCAGCGAGGGGGACGGCCCGGCCGGCUCCGGCUCCGGCGAUCGCAACUACUGCUCCCUGGAGGCGGGCAUCCUGCUCAGCAGCAGCGUGAUCCGCAAGAUGCGGAACAACCUCGACCGCUGCGUCCGCAUCGGGAUCACCGGCGAUCACAGCGUCAAUAUCGGGCGGUGCGUCAAGUAUGCCAGCCAUGUGCCCGGCUGCCAGGAGAGUUUUCAGGGCAUGCGGCAGUAUAGCUACGCUCUGAACACGCCGGGGCGCCAGCGGCGGGACUUCAGCGAGCUGGCCAAAGAGGAGGCGUUCCGGAAUGCCAGCACCGUGUAUCCCGUGCCGACGCCGGAGGACUUCUACCGCUUGCACGCCUACUACUCAAAGCAACACCUGGAGAUGGUGCAGGAGCGGGGCUAUGCGCUGGAGCAGAAGUCCUAUCGGAUCGCCAACGGCAGCAUCUCCAACAAGAUACUUGAAAUCCGCUGGCCCCUGGGCGUGCCGCCGCCUAGUGCGCCGGAGACACGCCACGACAUCCUCAUCUGGCAGAUGCUAAACGAGACGCACAGCUACCUGCCCAACGGGAACGUGGAGCACGCCGUGGCGCCGCUCACCCGGAUCGAGGCCCUCGACUUCGCCAAGGUGCUGGAGAUCGCCCUGCAGUACGCGGCCCUGAAGCAUCCCGGCCUCAGUUACCACAGCCUGCACACCGCCUACCGCAAGUUCGACGCGACGCGGGGCAUGGACUACCAGCUGCACCUGAACCUGCAGAAGGGGUCGGGCCGGCGGCGGCGACUGUUGCUCAAGAGCUUCGAGGUGGUCAAGCCGCUGGGCCGCGUUGAGGUGGUGCCCUCGCCCUAUGUGACGGAGAGCACACGGAUCGCCAUCCUGGUGCCGGCCUUCGAGCACCAGGUGCCGGACGCCCUGGAAUUUGUGGCCCAGUACGAGCGCCUCUGCAUGCAAAACCAGGACAACACAUUCCUGCUGCUGAUCUUCCUGUACCGCCUGGACUCGCCCAGCAAAGGCGAUGAGGAUCCCUUCAAAGGGCUCAAGACGCUGGCCCUCGACCUCUCCUCCAAGUACAAAACAGAUGGCUCCCGCAUUGCCUGGGUGUCCAUUCGGCUGCCCGAGCAGCUGAGCGAGGCUGUCAGGCCCGAGGACUGGCUGCUCCACGCCUCCAUGUACGGCCCGAAGCAGCUGCUCAGUCUGGUGGUGGCUGACCUGGCUCUGCCCAAGCUCGGCCUCGAGUCCCUGGUGCUGCUGGCCACGCCGGGCAUGUCCUUCAAGGCGGACUUCCUCAACCGCGUGCGCAUGAACACCAUUCAGGGUUUCCAGGUGUACGCGCCCAUCGGCUUCCAGAUGUACCCCUGCCGCUGGGCGCAGUUCUGCAAGGAGUGCGAGGCGUGCGACGUGGCCCAGAGCAGCGGCUACUUCGAUCGCCACAACCACGAUGUGAUUGCGUUCUACAGUCGCGACUAUGUGCAAGCGCGCAAACUGCUGCAUCCACAGGGACUGCCCAUCAUCCGCAGCGACCUGGACAUCGAUCAGCUGCUGGAGCCGGCGUCCCAGUCCCGCCCCGAGGGCGUCGAGAGCAUCCUGGACAUGUUCGUGGCCGCCCAGCACUCGGUGCACAUAUUGCGCGGCGUCGAGCCCAAUCUGCGCUUCGGCCACGAUGUGCGCAAUCAUUUGGGCCGCGGCAGCACACUGCCGGAGCAGCUGCCCGAGCAGUGCGGGCGGGAGCAGUGCAUCCACUUGGCGUCGCGCAAGCAGAUCGGCGAUGCCAUCAUACGCUACGAGGACAGAAGUAUUCUCCACAAAUAG